AUGGAAAUUGAUGAAAUAACGAAAGAAAUUUUUGGACCAGAUGUGUUCUUAGAAUCUACUGAUGAAAGAUCUAGCAAGAAAAGUAAACAAUCUUCAAGGUAUUUUUAUUACUUGACCUUUUAUUUCUGCACUAAUCUAACGACGCAUAUUAAUUGUUUAAAUAUAUUAAUAUUUUAGGGUAGCUCAUACUUUAGAAUCAAUAAAUAAGUACAUUGACCAUGCUCUUUCAAAAGAUGCGCCAGAAAUAAAUGUGAAAGAUGAUAGAAUUGGCAGAAUUGGACAAAAUAUUGUCAAAUUUGAUGUAACAUCACGAACAGGAUAUUUUUCAAUCUCUUUUGAUAAACUCAGUAUUAAUAGCCGAAGUAAUUUUAGCACAAUAAGAGCAAAUACAGCUGUAUAUCAAGGAAAGUGGAUGUAUGAAAUUCAACUUGGAUCCAAAGGUCUUAUGCAAAUUGGUUGGAGUACAAUUUACUGUAAAUUUAAUAUAGAAUCCGGAGUUGGGGAUACUUUUCAUUCAUAUGCUUAUGAUGGAGACCGCAUUAGAAAAUGGAAUAUAUCUUCAUGUACAUAUGGAGAAGCAUGGCAAACAGGAGAUAUUAUUGGAUGUGCAUUAGAUUUAGAUAAUGGAAAUGUUAAUUUUUAUAGAAAUGGCAAACAUCUUGGACAAGCUUUUGAGAAUAUAUCAAGGGGCGCUGGUUUUGCAUACUUUCCAACAGUAAGCCUUGCAUUAACAGAAGUUUUAAGAGCCAAUUUUGGAUCUACACCAAUGCGCUAUCCUUUAGAAGGAUAUGAACCAUUACAAGCAAUUCCAAAACGAAAAAUACAUGAAGGUGUACUUUUGUUCAAAUGGUUUUUAAAAAUAGUAGAACAGAUAAAUGCAAGACAAAAUGUGAACGAUGAGAAUAUAAGCAAAGAAAAGCUAAAUGAUGAUAGUAUGAAAGUACAGACCUAUUUAAUGUGUCUUUCAAAUUGUAUUAUAAAACGUAUAGGAUCUUUAAUUUCAAUACCGUAUAUUACAGAAUAUAUUGUAAUUCCUUUCAUACAACAUCUUUCUGAAUCACAAACUUCUUCAUUGUUAACUUGUUUAGAUCUGUUAUGGAUAUUUCUUGAAGAGUAUGAACUCAAAAUAUGUUUAGAAAAUAUCGUUGUUUUUUUACUGUCUACAGUCAGACAUGUAUCUUAUUUAAUUGAAUAUUUUAAUCAAUAUAAAAGCUUGCUUCUUCUAACAAAAAUUUGUCAACAUACAUCAACGCGUCAGUAUUUAUUACAACAUGUAUUCUUUGAUCAAAUAAGAUUUCCAAAUUUCAUGAUUAUUAAACCACCAGACAAGAAAGGACUGAUUGAAAUAAUUAGUGAUGUAUGGUGGGAAACAAAUCCUGUAGAUUUAACGGUUGAAGCUAAUAAAGAAAAUUAUUUUGAAGCAUGUCAACAAAUUAAAAUUAUAACUUCCGAACUAGAAGCAUUACAAGUACAAUUUUUAAUAACUAUUCUUGAUAAUUCUGAUGGUGAUGAAACAAAACCAACUUCAAGAACUUUAUUUUUAAAAAAAUUUAAGCAUUAUAUUCCUGCAGUGAACAAUAAUCCUGCACCGAUUUCUCUUUGUUUUAUUUAUCGACUUCUGGUUGCAUUAAAAACUUUAUGGGAUGCCGAGGUUAAAACAUCACCUGUUUAUGUGCCUUGCAGGAUAUUUUAUGAUGGAUCGAUCGAUUACUCCAGAGUCGAAAGACUGGGUGGAUUAGCGUCUCAUUUGAAUAAAAUGUAUAAAGAGGAACUAACACAAUUGUUAGGGCAUGAAGCUAUGAUGGAAACAGAUAAUUCACAUAGAAUGGCACUCGUUCGAGUGAUUAACUUGAAUUCAGGUCAAGGAAGAUCGAUGAUGCUUAAUGCAAUACCAUUACCCAACAACACUGUAGAUUCAGCUACAUCUUUACUUCAAUUAUUUGAUGGCAUUAUCUCAUUUUACGAUAUAGUAGUAAAGAAGUCAUUGGCGAAAGCGGCCCAAUUUAGAAAUAACAUGUUAGAAUAUAUUUCUGUUAGUCAAGAUUUAAAGAGACAACUAGAAGAAAUUAAAAGAAAGGGGAACUCUCCAUCAAUUGAACAAGAAUUACUGAGAUUAAUCAAUAUUUUCAAUGCUAAGUUGAAAGAUCAAGGAAGAUAUAUGGCAUGGAUUCGUGCUACUAUUUAUUCAGAAGAGAAACAAUUACAAUUGGCAUGGCUUCUAAAAGUGGUCACGUUAACUUUGACGAAUGCCAGCUUAGAAGGAAACAUGUUUAGUUUUGUUCCAGAAUUUUAUUUGCAGACAUUAGCUGAGUUGUGCGUCAGUUUGCGAAAUUACAUACAUCCAACGACACGUAUUGAUAAAAUUCCAGAUUAUCAACAAAUAUUUUUGAACAUAGCUACAUUUCUUUGCUAUCAUUUCAUGGAUUCCCGAAUAGUAAACGUAGAGUCUAAGAACACGUUACUUUUAAUGUUAGCUGGAUUCGUAUUUAAUCCAUUUACAUUAGAAGCUAUGGAAAAUGUGCCGGAAGAAGGUCGAGUAAAGCUUAUCACAAACUUAGUGAAAUCAUAUGGAAACAGAGUAUGGGCCGAGUCAAAUUGGAUUUUAGUCAGAUUUUGGCAAGGUAAUGGCUUUGCCUUUCGAUAUGAGAGAAGCCCACACCUUCUGAAAAAAAUUGGACUAAAAUUACUUCAACAAGAAACAAUUUCUCAACCUAGAAAACCAUGUCCAUCCAUUAUAUACCAAGGCCAUUUAAGGGAUACAUUGAACAAUCGUCAAGAUACAACAACGUUCUUAAAUUAUUUAAUGAAUCUACUGAACUGGAGUUUCUCUGAGUUUAUUGGAAUGGUUCAAGAAAUUUAUAAUAUUUCAUCAAGGCCAGAAAAAUUUCGCAUGGAACCUAAACAGUUAAAAGUUUGCGUCACAUGUUUCGAUUUAACGAUUUCGCUGUUGAGAGUUUUGGAAAUGACCAUUACGUUGGUUCCUAAUAUCUUCGAUAAUUCACCACAGUGUUUCAGAGAAAAUCUGUUGUUUAGAUUGUGCCAAUUACUUUGUCAAGUUUUAAAUAGAAUCAGCUCAUAUACUAGUUGUUUUCUACAUGUUAUAUUAUUGGAAAUACCAGAUUUAGAUUCAGUGGAUCACUUUCCAAUACUAGCUGCAGUUACAGGUGUUUUGUUGGCAUUACUCAAUGAAGAUAUAAUCAAUUAUAAACUAAAAACAGCGACAGAAGUACCAAAGAUUACUCAAACCUUAUUAUUAGAAUCGAACUUUCAAAUGAGCACCCUGUAUUUUAUAUUAGGAAAUUUAAAAGAUGAAGAGAAGCAUGAAAAAUUACGGUUUUCCUUUUUAGAUUGUAAUUUUCCUAUGUGUUUGACUUUUGUAGAUACAAAUGACGUAACAGAAGAAGAAAUUAAAAAAGUGAAAGAUAUGAUUGAAUACUUGGAUGAGUGUCUUACCAUUUUACCAAACCCAAAAAUUUCGAGCGACAAUGCUGAUACUUGCACUAUAUGUUAUGCGCAACCUAUAACAGUAACUUUUAAACCUUGCAAUCAUCAAACGUGUCGUAUUUGUAUCGAGAGACAUCUCUUAAACAGCAGAUCAUGCUUUUUCUGUAAAAUAUCAAUCGUAAAAGUCAUAGAUUCUUCUGAUAAUGUGAUACACGAAUUUAAUGACUCGGAUGAAAAUAUGACUUCGGAUACCGUGUGAAAUCGUAUUAGUGCCAUAACAUAAUCGUGAGAAAAAUUAUAAAAAUAAAUUUCUUGUAAAGACUACGAUAAAUUUUGAAAAAAAGUAA